AUGACGUCCUUUCAUCUCCUGCUGGCAUUUCUGCUGGCUCUUGUGGCAGGUAGUAAGGCCACUAUGACCCCACCGGCCAACACCACGAGCCUCUCCACUGGAUCCACCUACAGUGCGCGCGUGCCUAUCACUUCAGACAUCAUGCCGACUAUGCCUCUUACCCCUAGCUCGAUUGAUACUGCCGGGCCUCCGAGCAAGACACAGCCAGGCCAACCGGGUUCAUGCAAUCGUUGGUACUGUGUCAAGCCGGGCGACUCUUGCCAAAUAAUCUCGGAGCGUUCUGGUGCCUCCCUUUCCCUAGAUCAGCUAUUGGCUUGGAAUCCUGAACUGAAAAAAGACUGCGAGCAUCCUCUGAUCGACUACUGGGUCUGCGUGGGAAUUCCAGGCGGCUCUGGUAUGACUCUGGUCUAUCCCACUGGCUCGUCGAACGUUUCCAUUCCUCCAUAUGCGUCCUGGACUCCGACCCCAACUCGAAACAUUACCUUCGAGCCAGUUGUCCCUGCCCCGACGCAAGCUGGUUUAGUCUCGAGCUGUCAGUCCUUCUACAAGGCUGCUCCGGACGACUGUUCCGGUUUGAGGCCCGGGUAUUACUACUGCAUCGCUGCCUAUGACAACCUCCCACUUCCUCCCCAUGUUACCACUCCGCCCCAUCCAACGCCGCAGGGCACAGUGAAGAAUUGCACCGCCUGGUACCAGGCUGACAAGGAAGAUACUUGCAGCUUGAUUGUUACUAUGUUUGGCACAUUCUCGCGAGAGCAGUUCGUGUCUUGGAAUCCUAAUCUUGGAAGGGAGUGUCUUAAACUUACCCCUGGAUAUUAUUACUGUGUCGGUGAUGCAUCCACCCCCUCAACUCGUACUGCCAAACUUCCUGCACCAACCGAUUUCCCCACCACCUAUCCUCAUCAACCUCGAGUAACCCGUGAUUGUAACAAGUGGUGGCUAGUCGGGCCGACCGAUACUUGCCUUCUGAUCACUCUGGCCAACGAAAUCUCCGUCAAGGUCUUCUAUACCUGGAACCCCGAUGUUGUGGGCCCGAACAAAAUGUGCGAAUACCUGCCUGCAGGGUUUGAGAUCACUCGGAUUGCCAGCAGCAGUGCUCCGCCAGCGAGUACCCCAUAUGUGUCUGAAUCUACGCACUGUUCUGGCUCGGUGACUUUCAUUGUCACUUCUAGUCACACCUCUAUGCCCGCUCCGACGACGGCCACAACCACCUCGUGUCACGGAACUGUUCCAGGCUCGAGUUCUUCUACCGUAGCGACGGGCCACUGCAGUCACUCCAGCUGCGGCUCUAUUACUUCUGUUACGGUUCCAAGUGCGAAUCACACGACAACAGUGAGCGGCAAGUGCAGUUACUCCAGCUGCGGCUCUAUGAUUUCCACUUCUAUCGCCGAUCACACCGUGAUUAUCACCACCCACUGUGGACAUGAACCAGGCUCCGGUUGCAGCACUGUCACAAUCACAAGCUACCGCACUGACAGCCCGAGCUCGAGAACUGACUUUAUGCCUAUUACUACCAUCCACCCCCUCAUCCCGAUUCCGGACCACAUCACUACGGUCACCUACUGUCCUCACAAAUCAUCGGGGUCGAACUGUAUCCCAGUUCCUUCCACCAGUUACAGCCCUCGUACCGUGACCCACACAGUUACCACUCGAUGCUGAGGAUAGAAGAGGUUGUUUCCAG